CCGAAGGAAUGUGCGGCGUGGUGGUGAUAGCAACGCGGUGGUGGCUGGCGUGGCUGCUGGUGUCCGUGGCUUGUCUGAUGGCGCUGCUGGGGGCCAACCUCUCGCCCUCGUGGCUCCUGGCUCCUCCUUACGACGAGCACUCCGCUGAGGCCGACCUCCUGAAGGGAUCCGCGUCGGGGCAGCUGUGCGCGGAUGGGACGCGGGUCUCGGGAGUCACAGGAUGCAAGCCAGUGUCUGAUCGUCCCUCCAUAGGCCUGUGGAUCAGAUGUGUGUUUAUGAAAGCCUACUUGAAGCCUGCCCUCCACUGCGGCGUUUAUGCGACCAGAGUCUCCGAUCUUCCCCCAGCACAGGUGGCGUCCCUGAUAGCAGUCGUGGCAGCGACGGCAAUAACGACGCUCACUUGUUUCGCCAUCUUCUCGGCCACCUGCGUGCGCGUCAUCAGAGGGCGCAGCUGGUUCACCACCAUCGGCACGAUACAGGCCGUCGCCGGUGUCCUAAGUCUUCUUGGUGCAGCAAUAUUCCCGCUCGGCUGGGAUUCGUUCCGAGUGAGGUCUAUGUGUGGUAACGAUGCAGGAUUCUAUUAUCCAAGUUCAUGUACUGUAGGAUGGGCCAUGUAUGCAGUGCUGGGAGGGAGCUUAGGUUUACUACUGUGCACUUGCCUUGCAACAUUUGCUGCCAAAUCAACAGCGACUGAUAGAGUUUCUAAUGAAAUUGCAAAAGGAAAUCAAGUUGUUUGUCUUAUUUAAAUAAUGAUGUGUGUUAUGA